AUGCCUUGGCAAGUAUUUAAUGAGGUCCAAGGCGUCGACCUAGAUAUUGGACGUCUUCACAAAAAAGAACUAUCUCUUGAGAAUGCUGAUUCAGUUGCACUGAAAGAGGAGAACAUCACCCACAGCGAUUAUGAAAGCUCCAGUCCUGACGCUGAUAGACCUAGCGAGUCUAUUUUCAUGGUGAUUGACCAACCUAUCCGUGCAUCUCAUCACGCUUGA